AUGGAUGUUAAACUGGAUUUGACUAUCCACGCUGUCGUUUUCAUCCUACUUACUGUUGUUCCUUUUGGAUGUGCGCAUUUCGACGCGCAGUCGGUCCCUCUGCAGAGACUGAGACGUCAGACCUCAACAGCAAAACCAGCACUCAAGGUGACGGAUUACCAUGUGCGAUGUUCUGUAGUGUCUCGCUAUGCUGUAACCACAGUAGAAAGCACCGUAUGGAACCAACUCCACAUUACUAAAGAGGCGGCCUUUGAGGUGGAUUUAUCUUCAUCUGCAUUUAUUUCCAACUUUACCAUCACCUCAAAUGGUAAGGUGUAUGUGGCUCAGGUGAAGAGGAGAACUGAUGCCAGGAAGAUCUAUGACACCGCUAAGAAGCAGGGGAAAACGGCAGGACUUGUUGCUACUAAGGAACGUGAGAUAGAGAGGUUCCGUGUAGCAGUCAACGUGCCACCUGGGACUCGCGUCUCUUUCUCGCUGACUUAUGAGGAGCUGUUAUCACGACGUCUUGGCCGUUAUGAGCUGUCUCUGGGUCUGCGGCCUGGUCAACCUGUGCAGAACAUCUCCCUGGAUGUCAGCAUAUCAGAGCGGACAGGCAUCGGCUUUAUCAGAGCUCUGCCACUGCGAACCAGCCGACUGCUAACCAACAAUGUUCAAGUGGAUGCAGAUCCUCCUCCAUCAACUAAGGUCAAGCACAAUCCUUACUGCGCACAUGUGCACUAUACUCCCACCAUACAGCAACAGAAGAACAUCUCCCCCAGAGGUCUCAAUGCAGACUUCAUCAUUCAGUAUGACGUGGAGCUCAAAGACCCCAUGGGGGACAUUCAGGUGGAUGAUGGUUACUUUGUUCAUUACUUUGCACCUCGAGGACUUCCUGUAGUUCCUAAAGAUGUCAUCUUUGUCAUUGACAUCAGCGGCUCUAUGAUUGGCACAAAAAUCAAGCAGACAAAGGUAGCAAUGACCACCAUACUGAGUGACCUACGUGAGGGAGAUUACUUCAAUCUUAUCACUUUCUCAGAUAAAGUCCACACCUGGAAGAAAGGCCGCACUGUGCGGGCCACUCGGCAAAAUGUGAGGGAUGCCAAGGAAUUUGUCAGGAAGAUAAUCGCAGAGGGCUGGACAAACAUCAAUGCAGCUCUACUGUCUGCGGCCCAGUUGCUAAAUCCAUCCUCACACUUGUCUUCAUCCACUGGUCUUGCGCCUUCGUCUCACCGUGUUCCCAUGAUCAUCUUCCUGACUGAUGGAGAAGCCACUAUUGGGGAGACAGAACCAGAUGUGAUUCUACGCAAUGCACAGAAUGCUUUAGGUUUAGUUUCGUUAUUUGGCUUGGCCUUUGGAGAUGAUGCUGAUUUUCCAAUGUUGAGAAGGCUGGCUUUGGAGAAUCGGGGUGUGGCUCGGAUGGUAUAUGAGGACGAUGAUGCAGUUGUCCAGUUGAAAGGUUUCUAUGAUGAAGUCGCCAGCCCUCUGCUUUCAGAUAUCCAGCUGUCCUAUCUAGACGAUCAGGUGUAUGAUAUCACUCGCUCUCUGUUCCCCAACUACUUCCAGGGCUCUGAAUUGGUAGUCACAGGUCGACUUAAGCCAGGUGUACAGGAUCUAAAGGUUACGUUAACAGCAAACGAUUCAAAGCAGAAAGUCAAAGUGGAGAAUGAGCUACCAUUGGCCAAAGCAGUUGUAAAUGGCAAAGAACCGUCUCUGGGCUGUGCACAGGCACUGGAUGGUAUUCCUAGCUUUGUUCAUCGGCUCUGGGGUUAUUUCACAAUCAAAGAGUUGCUCUUGGCUAAAAUGAACACCUCUGAUGUGUUUAUACAGCGUCUUCUUGUAGAUAAAGCCACCAACCUUUCGCUGAAGUACAAUUUUGUAACACCGGUCACGUCGUUGGUUGUGAUCAAACCAGAUAUCGAUGACCCCGAACCUACUAUUAGCUCUUCCGUUGUGGCUACUACUAGCAAGACGUCAACUAGUACCGUAACUGGUUCUACAAACGUGACAAAUCAGACCUCUCACGCUACACCUAAAGUAUCUUCCACGUCUGCAUCAGGAAAAAAAUCCAGCUCGAUCUCACCUCCAAAAACAAGCAAACCUCCUGUCACCAAAUCUGUACGAGCACAUCCACCACCCUCAGGGAUUCACACCACAGGUCGACCUCCCAACACUUCUGUUUCCCUUAACAAAACAAUCCCUCCUCCAUCACCUAAGAAGACCACUACAGGACCACUUAAGGCCACCUCUACCCCACUUUCCAGCAAGCCAUCCUCCUCACCUUCAAGUACCAUCAAAACCAUACCAGCCUUGGCUAAGAUUUCAAACACUCCUGUCAGUUCAGCGAAAACCACUUCUUCCUCUCCACCAGUCAAAAGCACAACGUUAGCCACCUUAGUCAAAACUGCACCAUCUGUGGUGAAAGACUCUUCCACAGAUGUUGAGAACUCUACUACCUCAGGACUCACAACGCUUGAACAGGGAAAACAAACAUUAACCUCCACAACAUCUACCACAGAUGCUAAUUCAGACAUUCAGGUUGAACUGGAAGUGGCCACACUGAUGGCUCCUUCGUUUUUGCCCAUGCCAGGAAUGACAGAUGCACCAAAGUUGUGGGAAGCCUCUCGUUUUCUGGAUGUGUCCUCAUCUAUCCAGAUUCAGAGGAAAGAUAUUGAACUUCUUAAAGAUUAUGAUACAGCACAUGACUACGACUAUGACUACAACAUCCAUUACGAGUCAUAUUCCGAUGCUGAGGUGUCUGACCCAGAUAACCAACCCAGUUUAAGUUCAGUUAGAGUGUUCUCCUCCUCAGUGGAUGGAGACCCACAUUUUGUUGUUCAGCUCCCAAAGCUCCAUCAGAACUUGUGUUUUACCAUCGAUGGAAGGGCUGAUGAUAUACUACGGCUUCUUGUGGACCCAGACAAAGGCAUUAUUGUGGAUGGGCAUUUAAUGCUGGCUCCUUCUAAAGAGGGGCUGGAGAAUCGUACUCGUACCUUCUUUGACAGGAUUUCCAUCACUGCAGCCAAAGGUGCCAUUAUGAUCACAUUAACACUGGACUCAGUACAAGUGGAAGUGGAUGGGAAGGAAAUUGAGACGCUGCCCACCAAUCAGAGAGGAUCCGUGGAGUGGGAUGGCAUGAGAAUUACAGUUGAAGAACACCACAGCUGUUGGAUUGAGCUCGGGGUUGGUGUGCAGUUCCUCAUUCUCUUCCAUCACUACAACCAUCCCAAAUACUUUCAAAUGGAGCACCUGGGCUUCUAUAUUGCAGAUGGAAAGGGGCUUUCUCAUCUCACUCAAGGGCUGUUGGGCCAGUUUCAACAUACUCUUAUGGAGGUCAUAAGGGUUUCAAGGGAUCAAGCUGGUUUCCAUCAUGCACAAACAAAUAUGAAUACUUCACUGGCCAGGGGUUUUCUAAAGAAAGGAGACGAGCAUUUUCCUGUCACUCUACAAGACAAGAUUCUGAAGGACUCAUCCAGAAAGCGACACUCUGCUCAGUGUUGGGUAGUGCCAAAGGUGGAUGUAGAGAGACUUCUGGGCCAGUCCUAUGAGAGCUAUGUCGUGGCUCACCAAUAGAUAACCUUCAUACCAUGUCUCUACAUCUACAGAGUUAUAAAAGGUACAGAAAAAACACUGGAACUUGAAUGUUUUUCUAUUUGACAGUGAAAAAAACAACUGAUGGGGGAGAGAAUAGGAAUAUACACAAACUGUGAUGAACAGAAGGAUGUUUCUAAAGCAUUGACUGGUCCAAAUAUUUGCAUUUGAACAUAAUGGUACAAUACCAUUCAAAGGUUUGUGGUCAGUCAGUUUUGUUUUUGAAAGAAAUCACUGUAAGUAUGCAUUCAAUUGACCAAAAACAUUUCUAAUCUUAAAAAUAUUUAAAUUUAUAUAUAUAUAUAUAUACACAUACACACGCACGCACACGCACACACACGCGCACACACACACACACACACACUUAUAUUAAAUAAGUGCUUCCUUGGUGAAAAAACAUAAAAAAAUCUUGCUGAUAUCAGUGCAUUUUUCAGUAAAUUAACUAUUUAAUAAAAUUAAUAUUUAAUGUUCUCUUUGGGAUGAGAUGAUGAAAAAAAUAUUCUAAUAUUCCUGUUCGCAUUAUGUAUGUGUGUG